GUGGUGUGGGGCGUCCAUGCCACAUCACAGCCCUCCAUCAUGCAGCUCCUGGUCUUCACCUCCCUGGUCGCCGCGACCGCCGCCGCCUCCCUGCAGGGGUACAACCUGCCCAUCCCGGGCAGCCAAGGCUUCUCACACGGCGGCUCAGGAAUAUUUGCCGCAGGAGCGGGACUCAACGCCGGGAGCCAAAGCUAUUCAACCGGAUUUACUUCAGGAGGCUCUGGAUUCACAUCAGGAGGCUCGGGCUUCACUUCAGGCAGUUCGGGUUUCACCUCCGGGGUAUCAGGCGGCGCGGGGCUCGGCAGCUGCGGAGAAGGACAGGUGCGUCACGUUGACGGCGGCUGCGUCACGCCUCAGGUGACCACCAAUCUGUACGUGUACCGCGCCCCCAACGUGGCCCCCAUCAUCGGGCCCCGCCCCAACGUGGGGCCUCCUCGCCUGGAGCACAACAUUGUGUUCAUCCACACGCCCAACGGCCUGUUCAGCCAGGAGCCCAUCGUGGUGCCGCCGCCGCAGCAGAAGAACGUGGUGUACGUGCUCAACAAGCGGCCGCACCAGGACCACAACGUCAUUGAGGUUCCCAAGGGCGAGCAGGAGGCGCCUGAAAUCUACUUUGUCAACUACGCCGAGGGCGAGAACCCGACGCUGCCCCUGGGCGGCGACCUGCAGUCUGCCCUCAGCAAGGCCGAGGAAAGCAACGGGGAAAUCAUCGGCGACACCGGCCUGGACGUGGCACGGCCCGGCGUGGGCCCCGCCAUCGUGGGUCCCACCGGGGUUGCCACCCCGUCCGGCCUGUACACCUCCCCCUAAGCCUCCCCGCCCCUCCCCGCCGCGCUGCCCAGCAUCCUGCUUACUCCUUGUUACCGCCAGCUUGUUGGUCUUGCUUCCCUCGAGUGCUGGGCCCAAACCCACAGAAUUAGCCCUAUUUAUGUAUUGUUGAGGCGGCGCUGCAGCCUGGCAGACCGAGGCUGAGCGGGGAGCACCAGCCCGCCAGCCCGGCCCUCUGGCGACGCUCAGCCCGCCGCACCGCUGCUUCCGCUAAUAAAAGUUAUCGCACUCA